AUUAGUUCUCUUCUCUGUGUUUCACUAAUCAAACAGUUUCAUGAAGUCACAUUCACGCACAGAGUUAAUCCCAUCCAGCUCAAUGUUGAUGCCCCUGUUCGACUUUAAGAGUUCUAUGGGCGGUCCCUGCUGCGCAGACCAAUGAAUCGCCCUCUCUGUUUAAAUAGUCCUUGAUGUCAACUUUCUUCUUCACUCACAGCUCUCUCUAACGCCAUGUUGGCUGUUUUGACUUGACUUGUUGUUUUCAUCAGUUUCUUACUACGGACCUGACAGGAGUGGAUCUCUCGAUCGCUCCCUGCGCCUUUUUGGAGACGCUUUAUUCCAUUUUGGAUGAGACGCGCGGAUUACGCAUGCACCAUCCCCCGUGACUUUGCAUUUUUACAGGAAUACGACUUGGAAGUAUCCGUUUGAGAAGAUUUUUUUUUUGGUUGUUGUUUUCUUCCCCCCUCCCCUCCUUGUCUUAUGUGCAUCAAAAUGUCAGAUGUUCGCCUUUCUAAUGCGAGCCCGACAUUGGAGAGGGUGGAUGCGCGGCAGCCGGACAACCUGAGACCCCCGGUGCGCAGAAAUCUUUUUGGCAGACCCGACCGGGAGGAGAUACGGAGGAAUUUGGCGGUGGCGGUGCAGGAAGAUGUGCAGGCUUUCAGGGAGAGGUAUAACUUCGACCCGGUGGAGGAGCGACCGCUGGAGCCGCGCAACUACGAGUGGCAGGAGGACUGCAGCCCGCCGGAGUUCUACCUCCGGCCGCCUCACGGGAGCCAGCCGCCGCGGCGAGAGGAGGAGCUGCCCGGCGGUGACCUCCGGCAGGAGAGGAGCGAGACGCGGCCGGAAAACCAGACAGCCACGGAGCGACCGAGGAAAAGACGCUCUGGAGAUUUAGGUCCCUGCUCCAGCGAGUGUCACAGUAAAAGGUCGCACACCGACGAAGAUGAUGAUGAAGACCCGUCGCACGGUGCCGCGAGUCAAGCGGUGAAAGGCGCGGAGCAGAGGAGACCCGACCGGCCGGAGAGCAGCGCGGAGGUCCAGUGAAAAACAGCGAGUGGCACAGACCUGUUGCUGGUUUCUCAUCAUCUGACAGAAGGAGGAGAACAAUACAAAAGAAAAAGAGAGAGAGAGAGAGAGAGAGAGAGAAAAGAAACAGCCUUUCCCUAAAGAAGGGGAUGAGGGGGAGGCUGCACAAGCACUGAAUAUGUACACUAUCAAGUUUUGGCACUCAUUUUAAUUAAAUUGCCUCAGAAGCAGCAGACAAUGUAGCAGUGUGCAAAUGGAUUUUUGCUCAUCUUUUUUUUUUAUUUUGUACCUACUACCUAUGUUUCAGAUGUAGCACAUAAAAGCGAAAGCAUAAUAUGCUUUUAUACUUUUUUUUUUUUCUUUCGUUAAAUGUAUUUGAAUACGUGUGUGAAUUUGACUCGGGAAGUUGCAGUGCAAUUUCCAGCAGAGAAAUAUUAUUUUGUUGAAAUGGUCGUGUGGUAUCAUUCUUCAGGUAAUUGAUGUAAGUUACAAAUGCAGAUUUCAAAAGUCAGGGUCACGUGGAAACAAAAAAAAAAAUGUCUUCACUUUUUCUAUGGCUUUGUUUGUCCAGUGUUUAAACAGCCUGUCUUGUUUCUGAAGGCCACACUGAAAGUCGAGGGUCCAUCGAACUGGGAACAGCCAUGAUAGAUAAAGUUUACAUGCAAAUAAUAUUUCUGUAUUCCCCCUUUUUAAUGUCAUUAUUUUAUUUCAUAAAAAAAAAUUUCUGGGGUUUUUCCAAAGUUUGUGCCU